UCCCCGCCCCAUGCAGCCAGCCGGGCAGCCAUGGCCGCCUCCUCCAACCGCAACCUGGCCCAGGUGCAGCGACGCGUCGCCGAAUUGCACCACGGCACCGAUCCGGAGCAACAGCUGUGCUUCUACGACGGCUGGGCCCCGGAGUACGAGCAGGAUGUGGGAGUGUUGGAGUAUCAAGCCCCCCGGCUGGCAGCGGCCUGCCUCGCCUCCGCUUUUCAGGGACCCCUUGAGGAUGCUCUGGUGCUUGACGUGGCCUGUGGCACUGGACUCGUGGCUCAGGAGCUUCAGGCCACGGGGUUUCAUCGCUUCCACGGCCUGGAUGGCAGCCAGGAGAUGUUGGCGUGUGCCGGCAAGAAGGGGCUGUACCAGGAGCUGAAGCGGUGCCUGCUGGGCCAGGAGGUUCUCCCGGCCCCUGAAGGCUGCUACGACGCUGUCCUGAUUGUGGGGGCGCUCAGCGAGGGGCAGGUCCCUAUCAGCAUCGUCCCUGAGUUGCUUCGGGUCACCAAGCCAGGAGGAUAUCUGUGCUUGACCACGCGGGACAACCAGACCAACUUGCGCUACAAAACCGAAUUGCAGCAGCUGAUGGACGAACUGGAGCAGCGAGGAUUGUGGGAAAAGGUCGUGGUGCAGGAAGUGGAGAAAUGGGAGCGGGCAACGUCAGGGCAGGAAUCCACGCAGGGCCUGGAUUAUAUCUCCGGCGUGGUCUAUCUCUAUCGAAAGAAGAGGCGUUCAGAAUAGCGACCAAAGAUAAUCAUUCCUGCUCUUGCUGGGCUGCCCUUCGUGGUGGGCGCCGGUGUCAGCUUCCCUGUCCAGUAGCUGGGCGGUAGGAGUCCUGAGGCUUAGCUCCAGAACAUGCUAUUUUUUUCAUGCCAGGACUCUCUUGUGGAAUAUCUGAAGCAGUAAUAAAGCAGACUGUACUUCAGAGCAUGU